UUCGCGCGCCUCGUGUCGUACGUGUUGAUUUUCGUUCGCUCUUCGUGGAAAUCACCGUUUAUCACGAUCUAUUCGUGUCUCGAUUUUCGUUUGCGCGUGUAUUACGUGAAAUUUUACAAACAUUUGUGACAUUCUUCUUGGUGAUCGUUGUUUCAUCGAGUUAUUUUUCGUACCAUUCGAAAGUCCCGGCUCGAUCCGGUGGCUGAGAUUCGCCCAAAGAUCAUAGAAAUAUCCGAAAGAAUUUCAUCGAUUCCCGAACGAUCGAUUUCGCGAAAGUGGAUCGACAAACGUGAGAUCCGGUCUCGGAAGGACGGAAAAAUAUGAGCAUCUCGUGAAGUCGGUUAAAGUGCAGCUUUCAGACAUCGAAGGGGUACACGAUGGAAACCGAAGAACUCACUAGACUCGUAGACGAGAUCUACAAGAAUAUUCUGGACAAAUUCAAUCCAGGGGCGAGGCAGCUGAUCAAUGCCGGCAAAGCGUAUUUGAAAGCUCUUCACGGAGCCGCAGCCGCAUCCCGGGUCUACGUGGACGCAUUGUCUCGAUUAGCACGGCAGGCGCAACUGGGAACAUGGGGUGGUUCCAAGGAUGUCGGAUUCGCGCUGAUGAGGAUCGUCGAGGUCUACAAGGAGAUCCAGGAGCAGGAGAUGAAUAUCCUGAAAGCGUUCUACGUCGACCUGUUGGUCCCCCUGGAGACGAACCUAGAGAAGGACACCAAGGUAGUACAGAGCGAGCAGAAGAAGUUUCUGCAACAGCACAAGACGAGGUCCGAAACCUACAGCAAGGCGGCGGCAACCAUGAAAAAGCAGAGGAAAAAGUCGAGGGGCGCCAGUAAGAGUGGCUUAGCGAUGGACAAAGAGUUGAAGAACAUGCAGAUCCUCGAGGAGGAGAAGUCUAAGCUGGACGCCUUUUGUGAGCAGAGUUUAAAGAACGCGAUGACUCAAGAAAGAAGGAGGUACGGCUUUGUUCUCGAGCGGCAGUGCUCCUUGGCUAAACAUUAUGCGAGUUUUCAUGAGGUCGCGUUAGCUGCUCUUCAUCCCUCCGUUGAUAAGUGGCGCGAGGUAGCUGCCACCAGGGAAUAUUUACCCCAAUCCGUAGAAGACAUGUUCGCUUCCAGGCUCAGGCAAGUUUCAUUCUGGCCCGAGGACGAGGAGAACGGAGGUUCCGAGCUGACCAUGAGCUCGCAAUUAAGGAAGACCAGAAGCAUGGACAGCUCUUGCUUGGAACUUCGACCUGGACCUCCUUCCGGAAACGUGCCAAGCACCACUUAUCAAGGCCCUACUUCCCAUCUUCCCUCUGCUCUGUCUAGAGCAAGGUCAGAGGCCAAUUUACACGCUUCCACGUUAUCAUUAGAUCCAGAAGUCCCGGAAACACCACCAAGGCCGAGGUCUAUGGCGCCCCCAGCGUCACGCAACAGCGGUAGCGCGGGUGGCGGUGGCAGCGGUACCGGGGUGAGUACCAGCGGAUGGGGAGACGCACCCCUCGCUAGGGCUCUCUUUGCCUAUUUGAGCUCCGGGGAAAAUCAGCUGAGUUUCCUGGAGGGCGAUCUCAUCGCGCUGAUGGGAGAUCGUCAGAAGGGCUGGCAAUUUGGGGAGAAUCUGCGCACGCAAAGCUCCGGAUGGUUCCCACUGGCGUACACAGAAAUUAUUAUCGACGAUAGUCUGGGAUCGCCGAGUCACGGUGCAAACAAUGGUCGCGCAACGGAGCCACAGGCAAUCCCACCCUGUAAGCCUCCACCCUCUCGGCCGCCAGUGACACCGAGCAGUAUGGAUGAAGUGUCGAGUGGAUUCCAUGGGGUAGGAAACAACGUCAACAACAGUAACAACAACAGCAACAACUCUACUAAUGUACAGAAUAGCAACAGUUCUCACAAUUUGGCGACACCCACUGCACGUCAGACUAAACCGAUCCGUCCAUCUGGCACGUUGCCCACUGUUUUGGCCGGCGGCCGCAGGAUACAACCACCUGCUCCGCCCGUUCCACCCCCUCAAGUUGUCACGUCUCUUCACAGCAGCAACGACAGUGGUUUCUCAAAUGAACCACCAGCUCAACCUGACAUUGAUUAUAGCGACGACGAGGCUAUGAGACAACGACGAAGAAAGCCUCGCGCCGAUAGAAUAACCGAGGUGGUGAAGCAGCAUCAGAAGGAGGAGAAGUCGAACAGCAAGGACUGGGAGAACGAUUCGUGGAAGACGAUACCGAGGGACGAGAAGAGCUGGCAUCUCUACAGAACCGCGAUGGACCUAUGGGCGGAAUCGAACGCGAAUCAGAGCAACGAGAACGGUGACACCAGGUACGCAUCGAAUCGGCAUUACGACAGCCAGGAACGCAAGAACAGAGAAUUCUCCGAUCGCGGCACCAUGGAGAACGGACCGUCAAGAAAGUCCGGGAAAAAGCCGGCGGAAAGGUCGCAGAAGAACGACUACGAGAAUCGUGGCAGGGUGAAUUCGAGCCACAAGAGCAAGAUGAUGAGCAACGAGGAGCAAUCCAGAAAGCCAACCAGAAGAAACAACGAACAGCUCGAGCAAGAUCGUCGCGAGGCAAAGAGAACGAAGGAACAGGAGGAGAGUGAAGAGGAGAUCGAAUUAGAGGAGGAAGAAGAAGACGCUUACAGCGGCAGGAUGGAGUACCAGAAGUACGAGGGUAAAAAGUAUUACGGCGACAGAACGGACGGGCAAGAACGUAAUUCUCGUCGCGGUUACCAUCCGUUACCUCAGGAAGAAUCGAAAUACGAAAACGAGAAGACCUCCUCGGCCUCGUCAUCGGCUACCGACGACGAGAGUACCAUUACCAUCCCGGAGACAGGUAGGAAGGUGGAGCACAUAGCUCAGAAACUGGAACAAACCGCGCAGAAGUACGCGCGGGAGCACAGCCCUCCGAAGUUUAUCGAAAGAAGAAACGAUUACAGGAGUCUCGAACGCAGGGAGGAGAAGCAACCUCCCCCGCCUUACGAGAGGUACAACGACUGCGAGAGAAACCGUGCGCCGCAGAGGUUCGACCGAGAGAGGGAACGUUACAUGGAGAAACCGUCCGCGACGAGCCAGAAGAGCUCGACUUACGAAAGGGAGAGGACGUUCGAGAAGAAUCCCGACAGGAACAGGAACAUCGAGCGAGCGUCGAGUCGUCGCUUCGAGAGACCAAGACCUCCGUCCGAGGAGGCGCCGGAGAGACCGACGGAGCCUCGUAGCCUUUACAGAGAGCGUCGUUACUCCGACAAAGAGGAAGCCAUCUACGGUGAGACGAAAUUCGUUCGGGAGACCGUGUCGGUGGACAAGGAGCGUGGCUACGAGUCGAACUUCGAGACGAAACUGGAAAGGACCAAGGUGAUCGAGAGGCACGGUUAUCAGAACGCCCUGGUCCAAGGGAAUCUCCAGAAGUUCCAGAGAAACGGGCCCCACAGUUUGGAGAAGAACGACACGAACAACAAUACCCUGAAGGAUGAGAACAGGAAGCCUUUGCUGCCGCGUCAGACGACCGCGGUUGGACACUUGAUACAAACAGGCAGAGCCUUCGACGUGGAGUCCAAGAGUCCUAAAUUGGUGAAGAGGACCAAGUCCUUCUGGAGGUUCAGGAGAGACUCCGAGGUGUUGGAGGGUAUGGCACUCUGGCAGCACAGAUCGCUGGUCGAUAUCCCGAAGAUGAUCAAGAAGGAAUCGAAAGAGGACAACGCUAGCUCCGAGGAGACUAAGAAACAUACCCCCGAAGGUAGCCCGACGUCUCGUCAGAGUCUGGAGAAGAGGAACAGCGACGUGACGAUCACGAAUGAUCCGCGUCAGGAGGAACCGAAACCUGCCGAAAGAAUCCACGUGCCGGACAAGUCCGAUUACUUCGAGGACUUUCCGACUCCGGCGGAGCGACCGAAAGCCGUCGAGAGAUCCGAGUACAGGAUGCAUCAGGAGGAGAGAUCUUAUUUCAUGGGGAAUGUUUCGCGAAAGGCGAUCAUUGAGAAGGAACGGAAGCGCAGUAUGGAAGCGAAACGAAACAUGAUCGUGGCGGAGCUGAAGGAGAACAACGAGGCUAAGAGGAACGAGAGGAGGAAGAAGUACACGGACGACGAGGAUGGUUUGACACAGAAUUUCAGCGAAACCGAGGCAUCCGACGAGGAGUCCACGUACAGUUGCAUCGUCGUCAAGGACCAAACGGUGGCUGAGAAGACCCUUCUUCCCAGGACCAAGCUACGCAGGGACUCUGAUCGGGAAAGGGAUAAGAAUACCUGCGGACCCUGGUACGACCUCUGGGGCGUGGACGCCUCGGUGAACAAAAAGAAGAAGAAGAAGCAGCAAUAAAUUUAUUAUCUCUUCCGUAUGGUUCGACUUGUUGAAAUUGAUAGAUAUAUCAGCGUAUACGAGAGUUGAUCACGUUUCAAAGUUUAUCCACGUUGUUCGUUGAACGAAGUUGAAGAGUAUAAAAAGGAGACUACCGGGUUGGAUGAGAUCCUGAUGAUUGAAGUUCGUUUUUAUAAUUUCAUCCUUAAGAUUUUGUUUUUAAGUUUAUCGUUACGUUCUGUUUUUAUUAUCAUUACCUAGACCUUGUGUACCCGAAUCUGGAGGUGCUGCUAUUGAUACCUUAUCGAUACCUAACGAUGUAUUGAUAAUAUCGUUAAGAAGGAGGAGUGGUUGAGAUAGAAUUUAAUUCCUUCUCACGUUAAGUUCUACUUUGCCCGCUUCCAUUCACCUUAACGAUGUUUUAACAAUAUUAUCGAUAAUAUCGUAUCGAUGGCGGUAGCUCUACGAAAAUCGAUAAUCGCACCACGAAUGACCGUUCGCCAGUCUUCCACGUAGAGCUAUUUUCCCAUUGCUUCCCGAAACGUUUAAACCUACCGUUUGUUUGCAAGUGUGUAUACCGUUUUUCUUCUUGUUUGAUAUUGUUUGCGCUUUCGUCGACGCUUGUUUGUAAUCAGUUAGAACGUGUUGACGUUAAACGCGCGAUGGUGGAGUGCAUCAGAAUGCGUCCGAUAUUUUGACGCGUGUUGACGUGCAGCCUGUUAUUUCGAUGGAAAAAAACAACGUUAUGGAUGAUACUUCAAUCGUAACUCUUGUUCGAUCUGUCGUUACAGGAUGCUGCAACGGUUCGUUGAUGCUUUGAUCGAGUACAAAGUGCUACAUAUACGAUAAUUCUCGUAAUAAUGGCGCAAUCGUUUCACUUUCGCGUGAUUGUUUUUCGAUGACGGAUAAUUUGAAAACGAUCUCAAUAUUUCCGGCUUACGUUCUCUAUUUCGUUUCAUGGAAAAUUGAUCCGCGACGCGUGAACACCAAGGGGUUUCAAAUAUCAGUGGAAUACAAAUUUCAACUUCGAACAAUCUGAACUUUUCAAGUGUUUCAAUUUUGAAUCGUACCAAAUAUUUAUUUCAAAUAGCCAAGUGUAUCAUUUGGGGAAGUGAAUUUUAUUAUUAUUAUUGGUAUUUUUGCAAUAUGAAAUUCUAAUACUUUGAAUAUUUUAAUGAUCAGAACAAAGGAAAUUCGAAGUUAUCUCAAUUAAUUUAAAAUUUUACAAUCUUAGUUCAAUGUUAAUUAAAAUAGAUGUGCCAGGGUCCGAAACUAUUGGGUCGGACUUGCAUUGUUCGAGCCGGGUUGACUCGAAUUCUUAUGCAUAUAUAUUUGGAAAGGCGAACAAUUCUGAUUCGAUUCGAUUCGCCCCAACCCGAUCCAAUCUGGUACAUAUAUUCAGUUUCUCGCACACCUCUAAUGAUUAGCCUUCAAAUGAUCCACUGCAUUCAAAGAUUCAAGACCCCUCCAACUCAUUUCUAAUUGAAAGGAAUUAAUAUGUCAUUUCCUAUGAAUUUUUUUGUUAUCAAAGAUCAAUGAAUGCAUAAAUAAUUACAUGCUCGCGUUUAAGAACAACUAUGCAAAUUAGUUUUGCGUUAACGACAGGACAAUUCGAACGUGGAAUGUUAUUAUCCGUAUAGUCACUUGCUAAUUACGCAAACUAGCUUCCGGUUUUGAUUGAAAUAACUAGACACACUGUUACUGUUCAUUUGCAUAUUGCAUGUAAAUGUCAGGAAAAUUUCAAUUCCGUUCGCAGAUCUAUGCUCGUUUAAUACUUGACAUUAUUUCCUAUUAGCUGGAUUUUGCAGUUAUUGAAACAGUAAAAUCAUUGUUAAAAAAUUUUAUAGUCUUUAUCGAAUAAUUCGUGUAUCUGUACAGCUUGAAGUUUUGUUUGCAAAACGCUUUGUUUUGUUAAAUUUCGUUGCUUCCGUUCCGAUAGAAUUCGAACAGUAAUUCUUUUGUUUCUCUGGUAAUUCUCCAAGGACCUCUUUCUAUUUUAUUUACGUUUGCGUUCCGCAUGAAAUAUCGUGUCAAUGUUUGCCCAAUUGUUACACGCUGUUCUUUGUUACGCUAUAACGCAGAUUUGCAACAACAGAGAAAUUUUAUAAACGUUCAAAUAGCCUCUCUUCCCGAUUAUUGCGGAAAUUUACGAACAACGAUUCAAGGGAUUUUUGCAUAAAAAUAACCAGUACUUUUUCUUUAAGCGAAUGCAAAUUUUUAAAUAUUCAGAAAAUGGAAAUCCCAAGGAAUAUUAAAAUUAUUUAUGUUGACUUAUAUUUUCAAAAUAGGAAUUUAAAAUAUUAAAUUUUUCGUGGUACCUAGAUUGAUCACGAAAGGGUCAAUUCCAUUGGCGUAAUUAGGUCAGGGUGGACCUAAUUGUAAAAUUCCAAAAUUCUAUGAUUAAAAAAUUCCGAAGUUCUAAAGUUCCAAAACUCCAAAAUUCUAAAAUUCUCUCAUAAAAUUUAGGAGAAGCUGAAAGAGCCAAAUCUAAUAAAGCUAAGGAACCUAGGUCCGUCUCAAAAAACAUCCUAAUUACGCCAAUAAUUAACUCAACGUUUUUACAAUCCCUUAAAUCAUUGCAUCGUAAUCGCAGACUUUCAGUCGACCAAAGUUUCAAUAACAAUUGCGUACAGUUUGUUAAACUCGAUUGACCAUUCCAUUUUUCCAGGACAAAUAUAUUCGCAACGGUAAAGCUGCGCAAAACGAAGACGAACGAUCGCUCGGCACCGGCCUUAUCAUGAGAUAAGCUCUUCAUCUAGAUUACAUUCCUCGCGUGUAAUGUUAGAUGUACCAACAAAAGAGGGUGCCUCUCUGUUCGAGAGACAACAGUUCCUUUUAUGAAAAAGCUUCUGAAGCGAGAGAUUCCGAGAUCUUUCACGGCGUGGAUGUCCGUCCAACGAACACGUCUCACUUGAAUCCUCUAUGACUAUUCUUUCUGAACAACAAACACGAGUAUUCCGUCAACAUUCACCGACAGUUUUUUCCUGGAAAAAUCGUUCAACUCGCAAUAUCCAUACUUUUUCAAGAUAUUCAAUUGAAUUUCGAGGGACCAUUAUGCAAUCAAUAACUACACGUUUUCAUACAAGAUCUAAGAAAAAAUCCUUUCUGUUAAUUGUCAUAGAGGAUUGAAGUAUAGUAUUAGAAUCAAAGGACCAGAAAAUUAUUUGUUUCAUUCAGGUAAGACAUUCCAUUUAGAGAAUUGCUUUGCUGAGACAUAAAGUAUGGACUUUUAUUAUCUGAUGGCAGGGGUGGACUGACCAUCGGGAAUUCAGGAAAAUAUCUGGUAGGCCUAAUUAAUUAAAAUUAGUACCCCUCGUGUCGCGAAUCUCCAGGUACAAAUUAAAGUCCCAAUUCACCCCUGUCUGAUGAUCUUUAACGUAAUUUUUAAAGCACGAUCCUACAAGGAUUGAACAUCUUUUAUCGCAUCAAUCCAGUCUGAAUCGUCCAUUUCGACAUCCAAUUCGAUUUGUUACAUCUCUCUUCUCAACGAUUCUCGCGCGACAAUCUAUUAUUUUUAUCGAGCUUUCGAUACAUUCGCGCUUGCAACGACGGUUUAUUUCCGGCCAAGUUAAUCCUCGAUGCCGUUUCCACUUCUCCUACGACUGUGUAUCGUAUCGUCACGGAAUGAAAAGUUUCAUUCUGGAUGUCGUAAAAGCUGCUUUACGUUCGUGUUCACGGGUUAAGGAUCGUAAAGUUUCACUUCUCAUUUUUUUCUCCCAUCCCCCUAUUUUCCCUGUCGAGCAAACACCCAACCCUGUUCGUCAAGCUCGCUUUCGCGUUGCGAGGCUUUUUCCUUGGCGAGCGUCGUCGCUUUCUUCGACUUGGUCGGCCGUGAAAAAAUAAACCCCGAAGAAGAAAGAAGCAAGCAUCCCUGAUGGUUUUUCCCUUUUUCUUCUGCGUACGAGAAUCGUGCGUUGUCUCCAGGGGGUUGCUUUCCAGUUCUGGUGACUUUUGUUAACUCCACGCCCGUUCUCCACCCCCUUUCUUCCUUAUUUCACACUUCGUGUUUGUACUUCGAGCACGUACUGUAUACUACAGUCGAAAUGAUUUUAGGUACUCAAAUUUUUGUACCAAGAAUAACAACAGAUUGUUGAAGGGAUUGUUUUAGUUUAAAAUGUUUGUUCUAAUAUUAUAUAAUUAAUGUGAAAGAGAAAGAAAUAGACUCUACCAUUAUUCACUACUAUUCACAAAAUAAUACUGCCAUUUUAUUCUAACAGUAAGCACUCAUGUUUUGAGAAUUGUAUUCUUUAGAUUUUCCAAGCAGUGGCGUAACUAGACGACAGAGUGGAUCUGGAAUCCCGAAAAUGUGGAUUUUAAUUCUAAUUUUAGAAUUUUUUAAUUCCAGAAUUCCAAAAUUUUAGUAUUUCCAAAUUUCAAAACUCUACAAGUCCAAAAUUUCAGAAUUUUUAAAUGUAAAAUUUCCCAAAUUUCAGAAUCCAAAAAUUUCCAAUUAAUCUGGAAAUUCCAGAAUUUCAAAAUUCCUGAAGAACCAGGCCCACCCAAGAAAAAAGUUCUAAUUACGCCAAAGUCUCCAUAUAACUUCGUAUCGUAAUAUUAUUAAUUUCGAAAGCUUAGUUUGAUAGGUUGAUUAGAGUAAAUCAAUGUUUCGUAUAAUUAUGAUCGUUGACAAGUUGGCAAGUUAAACUUGCGACGAGUUUAGACUAUCACGUCGGAUUAAAUUGUACGGUGUUUUAUGUGCCCCUAUAAAAUAAUCAAACACACAAACGAGACAGAAUACUGCCAGACAUACAUAGAUACACACAGAAAGAAUUGUACUCGUAAAUACCGGGGGACCCAAACAUCGUUCCCUGUUGUCACAAAAUUUUUAUUGCGAACCUACUCGCGUAUACUGCCAGUCAUUUCCAGCGUUUCUCGAUACUCGAAAUAGCCUUCGACCGAUCGAAUGGCUUUCCAGUUCAUCAACGAAGUAUGUACGAUAGUCGUAAAACAUCGAUCGAAUAUCCGUAAGCAAUGUAGGCAAUGGGAAAACACCUAGAGCGAUAAUUAACCCCACGGUCAUUCCUAGGUGCCCUAAUUCCACGUGGACACGUAAUUGUAAAUAUUCGAAUCACCGUCUCGGACACACACGUAUUAUCGUUCUUCCACAUUCAACAUGUAUUUGUUAUACGUCAAACACGUGGACACACUUAGUGUGGGGAUUUUCAAAAAUUCCAAAUUUUUCCUAUUAAUAAAGAAAAUUUAUCAAAAGAAGAAUAUCAAUCAAAAUUAAUAUAACACCUUUUGAGUUAUCUUAAUAUAUAUUUAGAAUCUUUACAAUUUUUCUGUAAAGGAUCAUAGAAAUUUUGAAGAUCCCUCGUGUAAAUUAUAAUAGCUUUCGAAGAAAAUAUAAAUAUAAGUAAGAAAUAAAAAAAAAAAAGGUUUAGGGCAACUUUUUUUGUAACUGCGUUUUAGAUAAGCGACGCGAAUACAAGCGAGUCCAGAAGAUUAAAAAAAAAGAUGUUAAUAUAUUAUAAAUAUUACAUUAUACCGGCGAACGUGCCGAAAGGUUAGGGGAAAUGCAACGAAACCGGCUCGUUUCAUGGAAAUCGUGAGAAUGAUUUUUCUUAGAGAAAAAUGUUUGAUCAGAGGAACGAGACGGAUUCUCGUGCCACUUCCAGUGACACUUUUGGGUAGUCUAGGGAAAGCAAAAUGAUGAAAUUGUUAAUAAGAACCAUGUAUACAUGCAUAUACGUUAUAUAUAUUAUUAUUGUUAUUAUAUUAACGUUUUUUGUGCAA